GUUCGCUUUUUAGUUAUUAGAGAGAAAAAGGAAAACACAUGGGGAAGAAAAGGAUCGUGUUGCUCUUAUUUAUAAGUUUUAGCUAUGCAGAGAUAACAAAAGAGAGUCCUUUGUCAACAGGACGAACUCUCAGCUCCUCUAAUGGAGUUUAUGAACUGGGAUUCUUUAGUUUUAAUAACUCCCAAAAUCAGUAUGUCGGAAUCUGGUUCAAGGGUGUCAUUCCCAGGGUUGUUGUGUGGGUGGCCAAUAGAGAAAAGCCUGUUACAGACUCUGCGGCAAAUCUGGCUAUCAGCAGCAAUGGAAGUCUUAUGUUAAUUAACGGCAAACAUGGCGUUGUGUGGUCCAUCGGCGAAACUCUUGCAUCUAAUGGGUCUCGUGCAGAGCUGUCAGACUAUGGAAAUCUAAUUGUCAAAGACAAAGUUUCGGGAAGAACUCAAUGGGAAAGCUUCGAGCAUCUUGGUAACACUCUGCUCCCUACGUCAACUAUGAUGUAUAAUCUUGCCACUGGUGAGAAGCGAGGGUUAAGGUCUUGGAAAAGUUACACUGAUCCAUCGCCUGGUGACUUUUGGGUUCAGAUCACACCUCAAGUGCCAUCACAGGGGUUUGUUAUGAGAGGGUCGGUCCCUUAUUAUAGAACCGGUCCAUGGGCUAAAACAAGGUUCACCGGUAUACCGCAAAUGGAUGAAUCAUACACAAGUCCAUUCAGCUUACAUCAGGAUGUAAAUGGGUCUGGAUACUUUUCGUAUUUUGAAAGAGACUACAAACUUUCACGUAUAACUUUAACAUCAGAGGGAGCAAUGAAGGUGUUACGGUAUAAUGGAAUGGACUGGAAAUCAAGCUACGAGGGUCCAGCCAAUUCAUGUGAUAUUUAUGGUGUAUGUGGACCUUUUGGUUUUUGUGUUAUCUCAGAUCCUCCAAAGUGUAAAUGCUUCAAAGGUUUUGUUCCUAAAUCGAUUGAGGAGUGGAAAAGAGGAAACUGGACUAGUGGUUGUGCGAGGCGUACCGAACUACAUUGUCAAGGAAACUCUACUGGCAAAGAUGCAAACGUCUUCCAUACUGUUCCCAACGUAAAACCUCCAGACUUUUACGAAUAUGCAAAUUCUGUGGAUGCUGAAGGAUGCCACCAAAGUUGCCUGCACAAUUGUUCUUGCUUGGCCUUCGCUUAUAUUCCUGGAAUAGGGUGCUUAAUGUGGAGCAAGGACCUAAUGGACACAAUGCAAUUUUCUACAGGAGGAGAACUUCUUUCCAUUCGUCUUGCAGAUUCUGAGCUAGAUGUAAAUAAGCACAAGCUGACCAUUAUUGCUAGUACAGUGAGCCUUACCCUCUUUGUGAUCUUGGGCUUUGCUGCGUUUGGUUUCUGGAGAUGCAGAGUAAAACAUCACGAUAUAAACACAUCAAGUCCUUUGUCAAUAGGACAAACUCUGAGCUCCCCUGAUGGAGUUUAUGAGUUAGGCUUCUUCACUCCUAAUAAUUCUCGGAAUCAGUAUGUUGGGAUCUGGUUCAAGAACAUCAUUCCUCAGGUCGUUGUCUGGGUGGCUAACAGAGAUAAGCCAGUCACAAAAACUGCGGCGAAUCUAACUAUCAGCAGCAAUGGGAGUCUGAUCUUGCUCGAUGGUAAACAAGAUGUGAUUUGGUCAACAGGAGAGGCUUUCACAUCCAACAAGUGUCAUGCUGAGCUUUUAGACACCGGAAAUCUUGUUGUAAUUGACGAUGUUUCCGGAAAAACUUUAUGGAAAAGCUUUGAAAAUCUUGGUAAUACUAUGCUGCCUCAGUCUUCGGUGGCUUAUGAUAUUCCCCGUGGAAUGAAUCGUGUGUUGACCUCAUGGAGAAGCAACAGCGAUCCAUCGCCUGGGGAAUUCUCACUGGAGUUUACGCCACAAGUCCCCCCACAAGGCCUUAUAAGGAGAGGCUCAUCGCCCUACUGGAGAAGCGGUCCAUGGGCAAAAACAAGAUUCUCUGGGAUACCUGGAAUUGAUGCAUCAUAUGUAAGUCCAUUCACUGUUGUCCAAGAUGUAGCGAAGGGCACAGCAUCCUUUUCUUAUUCCAUGUUAAGAAACUAUAAAUUAUCGUAUGUAACGCUAACAUCAGAGGGGAAAAUGAAGAUCCUCUGGAAUGAUGGAAAAGGUUGGAAGCUUCACUUUGAGGCUCCAACAAGCUCUUGUGAUCUAUAUCGUGCUUGUGGUCCUUUUGGUUUGUGUGUGAGAUCCAGAAACCCAAAGUGCAUAUGCUUGAAAGGGUUUGUACCAAAGUCAGAUGACGAGUGGAAAAAAGGGAAUUGGACAAGUGGGUGUGUGAGACGUACACAAUUAUCUUGCCAUAUGAAUUCUUCUACAAAAACACAAGGCAAAAACACAGACAGCUUCUACCAUAUGACCCGCGUUAAGACUCCAGAUCUGUACCAAUUGGCAGGCUUUCUCAAUGCAGAACAGUGCUACCAAAAUUGUCUAGGCAACUGCUCCUGCACAGCCUUUGCUUAUAUUAGUGGAAUUGGAUGCUUGGUAUGGAACCGGGAGCUGGUAGACACAGUUCAAUUUUUGUCUGAUGGGGAAUCUCUCUCCCUUCGUCUUGCAAGUUCAGAAUUGGCUGGAAGCAGUCGAACAAAGAUUAUUGUAGCUAUAAACACAUCAAGUCCUUUGUCAAUAGGACAAACUCUGAGUUCUCCUGGUGGAUUUUAUGAGUUAGGCUUCUUCAGUCCUAAUAAUACCCGGAAUCAGUAUGUUGGCAUCUGGUUCAAGAAGAUUGAUCCUCGGGUAAUUGUGUGGGUGGCUAACAGAGAAACGCCAGUUACAAGCUCUGCAGCAAAUCUCACUAUCAGCAUCAAUGGGAGUCUGAUCUUGCUUGAUGGGAAACAAGAUGUUAUUUGGUCAACAGGAAAAGCUUUCACAUCCAACAAAUGUCAUGCGGAGCUCUUAGACACGGGAAAUUUUGUUGUAAUUGAUGAUGUUUCAGGGAAUAAAUUGUGGCAAAGCUUCGAGCAUCUUGGUAAUACUAUGCUGCCUCAGUCAUCGUUGAUGUACGAUACUUCUAAUGGCAAGAAGCGUGUGUUGACUACAUGGAAAAGUAACAGCGAUCCGGCGCUUGGGGAGUUCUCACUGGAGAUUACACCACAAAUCCCCACACAAGGCCUUAUAAGAAGAGGCUCAGUACCUUACUGGAGAUGUGGUCCAUGGGCAAAAACAAGAUUCUCUGGGAUAUCUGGAAUUGAUGCAUCAUAUGUAAGUCCAUUUAGUGUUGUCCAGGAUCUAGCAGCCGGCACAGGAUCGUUCUCUUAUUCCACUUUACGAAACUAUAAUCUGUCGUAUGUUACACUAACACCAGAGGGGCAAAUGAAGAUCCUCUGGGAUGAUGGAAAAAACUGGAAGCUUCACUUGUCUCUCCCAGAGAACCCAUGUGAUCUAUAUGGUAGAUGCGGGCCUUAUGGUUUGUGUGUGAGAUCUAAUCCCCCAAAGUGUGAAUGCUUGAAAGGGUUUGUACCAAAGUCUGAUGAGGAGUGGGGAAAACUCAACUGGACAAGUGGGUGUGUGAGGCGUACAAAAUUAUCUUGCCAGGCAAGCUCUUCUAUGAAAGCAGAAGGCAAAGACACAGACAUCUUCUAUCGUAUGAAGGAUGUAAAGACUCCGGAUCUGCAUCAAUUUGCCAGCUUCCUCAAUGCAGAACAGUGCUACCAGGGUUGUCUAGGCAACUGCUCUUGCACAGCCUUUGCCUAUAUUAGUGGAAUUGGAUGCUUGGUAUGGAAUGGGGAGCUGGUAGACACAGUUCAAUUUUUGUCUAGCGGAGAGUUUCUCUUCGUUCGUCUUGCAAGUUCAGAAUUGGCUGGAAGCAGUCGAAAGAAGAUUAUUGUGGGCACUACUGUCAGCCUUUCCAUUUUUUUGAUCUUGGUAUUUGCUGCAAUUAUGUUGUGGAGAUACAGAGCGAAACAAAAUGAUGCAUGGAAGAAUGAUAUGGAACCACAAGAUGUCUCAGGCGUAAACUUCUUUGCGAUGCAUACCAUACGAAGUGCCACCAAUAACUUCAGUCCUUCAAAUAAACUUGGUCAAGGUGGAUUUGGUCCAGUUUACAAGGGAAAGUUGGGAACCCAAUAUCAAGACAACACUCGCAGAGUUGUAGGAACUCUAGGAUAUAUGUCUCCCGAGUAUGCGUGGGCAGGAUUGUUCUCUGAGAAGUCCGAUAUCUAUAGCUUCGGUGUUCUGAUGUUGGAAAUCAUCAGCGGAAAGAGAAUUUCACGGUUCAUCUAUGGUGAUGAAAGCAAAGGCCUUCUUGCAUAUACAUGGGAUUCUUGGUCAUAUCAAUGCAAAGUCUUCGACUUUGGUUACAAGCGUCGAUGCCCAGAUGAUUCAUACACUCAAAUCUUUAGAAGAGCUCCUGCAGAUCGUAUGGGAAAGAUUGGUAUUGUUUUCUUUGCUUCGUUGCUCUUCUUGCUAAUCAUAUUCCCAAGUGGUGCCUUUGCAGCUAUAACCAGAGUAAGUCCUUUGUCAAUAGGACAAACUCUGAGCUCCCCUAAUGGAACUUAUGAGUUAGGGUUCUUCAGUCCAAACAACUCUCGGAAUCAGUAUGUUGGGAUCUGGUUCAAGAACAUCACCCCUCGGGUCGUUGUCUGGGUGGCUAACAGAGAUAAGCCAGUUACAAACAACGCGGCGAAUCUUACUAUCAACAGCAAUGGGAGCCUUAUAUUGGUUGAGGGAGAACAAGAUCUUGUUUGGUCAAUAGGAGAAACUUUCUCUUCUAACGAGAUUCGUGCUGAGCUUUUAGAAAACGGAAAUCUUGUCCUCAUUGAUGGAGUUUCAGAAAGAAACUUAUGGCACAGUUUUGAGCAUCUUGGUGAUACUAUGUUACUUGAAUCAUCUGUGAUGUAUGAUGUUCCGAAAAACAAGAAACGUGUCUUAUCUUCUUGGAAAAGUCCCACCGAUCCUUCACCUGGAGAAUUCGUAGCUGAGCUUACGACACAAGUACCUCCGCAGGGCUUUAUAAUGAGAGGAUCCAGGCCUUACUGGAGAGGCGGUCCAUGGGCAAGGGUAAGGUUCACUGGCAUACCAGAAAUGGAUGGACUACAUGUCAGCAAAUUCGAUAUUUCCCAAGAUGUUGCAGCCGGCACAGGAUUUUUGACUUAUUCAUUAGAACGAAGAAAUUCAAACCUCUCCUACUCUACGCUCACAUCAGCGGGAUCGUUAAAGAUCAUUUGGAAUAAUGGCUCUGGUUGGGUUACUGACUUGGAGGCCCCUGUAAGCUCAUGUGAUGUUUAUAAUACAUGCGGACCUUUUGGGUUGUGUGUGAGAUCUAGUCCCCCAAAGUGUGAAUGCUUGAAAGGGUUUGUACCAAAAUCAGAUGAGGAGUGGAAUAGAAGGAACUGGACCGGUGGUUGUAUGAGAAGAACAAACUUAUCUUGUAAUGUGAACUCUUCUGCAACAACACAAGCCAAUAAUGGAGACGUCUUCGACAUUGUUGCAAAUGUAAAGCCUCCAGACUUUUAUGAAUAUGUAAGUUUGAUCAAUGAAGAGGAUUGCCAACAGCGUUGUCUUGGAAAUUGUUCUUGCACGGCAUUUUCCUAUAUUGAACAAAUUGGAUGCUUAGUGUGGAAUGGAGAGCUUGUGGAUGUAACGCAGUUUGUUGCUGGAGGAGAAACACUUUCAAUUCGUCUUGCAAGUUCUGAGUUAGCUGGAAGCAAUCGAACGAAGAUUAUUGUUGCUAGCACUGUCAGCAUUUCUGUCUUCAUGAUCUUGGUUGUUGCCUCUUAUUGGUUCUGGAGAUACAAAGCGAAACAAAAUGAUUCAAAUCCUAUACCCAAGGAGACUUCACAAGAUGCAUGGAAGGAACAACUGAAACCACAAGAUGUAAAUUUCUUUGAUAUGCAAACCAUAUUAACUAUCACCAAUAACUUUAGCAUCGAAAAUAAGCUAGGUCAAGGUGGCUUCGGUCCAGUGUAUAAGGGGGGGCACAAAUCCAAACCGACUUGCCGUAGUAUUAAUAAAGAAGCCCUAUUCGCCGUUCGCCAUUCGCAGAGUAAACAAUUUCUAGAGAGGAUGGAAGAUAACAAAAUUUUGGGAGGAGACCUUCACAAAAAUAUGAAGGAGAUGUUGGAAGGCAAACGCAGAAAGAUGGGAGAUUUGCAGCCAUUCGCGAGUAAACAAUUUCUAGAGAGGAUGGGAGACUUUAACAAAAAUUGGGUGAGGUUCGAAAAUAACAGAAAGUUGGAGAUGUUGGAAGGCAAACGCCGAAAGAUGGGAGAUAUGCAGCGCCUAGCAUGCCAACGACUCAUGUGUGAUCAGUACUCUCGUCUUGGCCAUUGCAAAAGAGGUGACCGAUGUCCAUUCCUUCAUGGCAAGCCAAUGAAGCCCUUGUAUCGGAAUAUUUCAGACAAUCCAGAACUAGUUGCGUUCAUGAUGAAAAACGGUAACAUGCCUGCAUGUCCACCAGAGGAUCCCACCGUGAAGAUGCUUUACGUCAAGCGACUGAGCAGGACGACACUCGUUGAGGAGGACCUGCGAGACUGUCUCAGCGCUUAUGGAGAUAUCGAAUCUAUCAGAAUGGUGCAAGAGUAUAAUGGCGCUGCGUUUAUCACAUAUGGAACCCGAGAGGCAGCAGAGAAAUGCAUGGAAGAUCUCAAAACUUGGGUUGAGAUCAAGGGUCACAAGCUGAAAAUUUUGUGGGUUUACAAGUACCAGCCUCAUCGAUACACUACCAUUUCCUCCAACCAACAGGGUGCUGUCACUUCAACUCAAGAGGGAGCUUCGUCUUCAUCUUCUGCUCUCGAGAUUUACCAAAGAGACAUGUUGAAGCGACUCGAGAAAGUAGAUACAUUGAAAUCUCUUAAUUGGGAUAAUUCUAUAACCACAUCAAGUCCUUUGUCUGUAGGACAAACUCUGAGCUCUCCUGGUGGAUCAUAUGAGCUUGGCUUCUUCAGUUCUAACAAUUCUGGGAAUCAGUAUGUUGGAAUCUGGUUCAAGAAAGUCACUCCUCGGGUUAUUGUUUGGGUGGCUAACAGAGAAAAGCCAGUCUCGAGCCCUGCGGCGAAUCUCACAAUCAGCAGCAAUGGAAGUCUUAUCUUGCUUGAUGGCAAACAAGAUCCUGUGUGGUCAGCUGGAGGAGAUCCCACGUCUAAUAAGUGUCGUGCUGAGCUUCUAGACACCGGAAAUCUUGUCGUUGUAGAUAAUGUUACUGGAAAUUAUUUGUGGCAAAGUUUUGAGCAUCUUGGUGAUACUAUGCUACCUCUUACAUCUCUGAUGUAUGAUAUUCCUAACAACAAGAAACGUGUGCUGACUUCUUGGAAAAGUGAGACUGAUCCAUCGCCUGGGGAGUUUGUAGCUGAGAUUACACCACAAGUACCCUCCCAAGGCGUUAUAAGGAAAGGCUCGUCACCCUAUUGGAGAAGCGGUCCAUGGGCGGGAACAAGGUUCACUGGGAUACCAGAAAUGGAUGCAUCAUAUGUGAAUCCAUUGGGAAUGGUCCAAGAUGAAAUCAACGGCACAGGAGUUUUCGCUUUUUGUGUUUUAAGAAAUUUCAAUUUGUCAUACAUCAAGCUAACGCCAGAGGGAUCAUUGAGGAUUCAACGCAAUAAUGGAACCGACUGGAUCAAGCACUUUGAGGGUCCGCUAAGCUCAUGUGAUCUUUAUGGUAGAUGUGGACCUUUUGGCUUGUGUGUGAGAUCCGGUACUCCAAUGUGCCAAUGCUUAAAAGGGUUCGAACCAAAAUCAGACGUGGAGUGGAUAAGCGGGAAUUGGAGUCGUGGAUGUGUGAGACGCACAAACUUAUCUUGUCAAGCAAACUCUUCUGUAGAAACACAGGGCAAGAACAGAGACGUCUUCUAUCAUGUAUCCAACAUAAAGCCUCCAGAUUCAUACGAAUUAGCAAGCUUUAGCAAUGAAGAACAAUGCCACCAAGGCUGUCUCAAGAACUGUUCUUGCACAGCCUUUUCCUAUGUCAGUGGAAUAGGAUGUUUGGUGUGGAACCGGGAGCUAUUAGACACAGUGAAAUUUAUUUCCGGAGGAGAGACUCUUUCCCUUCGUCUUGCACAUUCUGAAUUGAGUAAGCCAUCAUAAAGAGCUUUGCUUAUUUAUACUCACAUCAUAUAAUUUCUUAAAUCUUUACAAUGUUCUUUUGGGUAACAGUGUGGUUUACAAUUUAGUUUUUGUGUGACCUUUUCAGCUGGAAGAAAGCGAAUCAAGAUUAUUACUAUUG